UUCCAGAUCUGGUAUAACCGACCUGAAAAAGUUAAAGCCUUAUCAAACGCGCGUCUAUUUGUUUAGGAGGGUGUCAAACCUGAAAAUAGUAAGCAUGUCAGGGACACGGGCGGCCCAGAGGUUCUUCCCAAUCGAUGAUUUUCAUCAUCGGAUCGGCGAUUACGUUAGGGAGAGAUAUCUGAGUUUCAUUGAACGGCGAGGGGGAGGCGAUAAUCGUCCUUUAUUCAGACGGCAGGGGAAGCACCCUUCUCUGCGAACAUGGUUCAGAUGGGAGCACGAAUUUGGCAACCUGGUGCGGUGGUGUCCAUCGCGCUUACGGAAUGGACGGCCAUUCCUCAGAGACAGGCGGAAAUUUUGGGUAUCUCCUAGAUCGUUUGAAGCUAGUGACUAGUUUCAACGAGAUUGGAGCUUGCGUGAAGAACCAAACUGGAGCCGGCGAACAUUUUUCCGACCUAGGCGAACAGAUUGGAGAUGGCAGCGUCUUGACAGGGACUCGGCUGAUUCUCAAGGCAGGAGAUAAGUUCAACUCAGGCUUCCAAUGGGGGAAUUUGUAGGCCGGAACGACUCCCCAGAUGAGUUUGAUUUUUCCAUUGAAAGCAAAUGUUUCCUUUUUAAAAUUAUUGAUUACAAGGUUGUUCGCAUUUCUGAAACCAGGAAUGGAUUGUCAUCUGUUAUAGAUCUUGAUAUUAAUAGGGUUAAUUGGUUGAAGGAUUCCAUACCCAAGAUCGUUCGGGGUCGCAAAGCUGGAUUUUGUGCUUUAUGUUCCAUCCAGAGGCAUGUGACUCAUGCUCUUAAAGCAACAGGGAGAAUUCUUGGGCCAAAAGAUCUUGUGUCCAACUUGUGGUGUAUCCUCUUAAUAGUUUAGAAUCCACAAGUUUAUUGAUUUGCCACUUCUAUGUUUGGGAAAUUUGGUAUUUUCACCCCUUGUUCACGUCAACAUUUGAUUUUGUAUCCCAUGUUUCUAUGUUCUUUUAAUUUUGCACCCAGAGCAGGGUCAAAAUCAAAUACUGGAGCUAAAUAUUGAGUGCAAUGUCAAUUUAUUGUUAGGCUUUGUAUCACACGUUUACACCCACUAUUCAACUUUGUACACACUUGUGGUGCAGUAGUGCACAGUCCAAGAAACUAGGCUCUAUUAUUGGAAGAUUGCAAUUAAAUUUUGUGGUUCAUUGUUUUAUUUUCAAUUUUUUGUUCCAAGGAUGCCGACCAUGAAUUUCCUUAGUGAUCUAUUAUUGAGCUAUGUAUUUUAGUACACAAUAAUCUAAAAUCUUCUUAUGCUAAACAUUGCAGGCCACGAAUGUCGUUGUUGAUCUCUUAUUGCUCUUUAAGUCGGAGCAAAACACAUUAAUGUGAGUAGCAAGUCUGUUUAGCAUCUAUCUUCUAAAUAGACAUCUUAGACAUCUUCCGUUUCUAUUAGUUGUAUAUAGUCGGUAUGAUACCCUUCUCAACUCAAGAAAGGGAAGAGUGAAAUGGAUUAUUCCUAUGGUAAGUAGUUAUUACUUUAUUUUGCGUAUUAUUUUUACUUUUAUUUGUGUAGCACCAAGUCAAAUACCGUAGUUCCUGAUGAGUAAUUAUGUUGUUCUAACUUGUAGACUCGAAUGCAAGUUGGUAGUUAUGAAUGUUGUUACUAUGUGAUGUUGCAUAUGUUGAAUAUUGUUCGGCGGUAAUUCUUGAAAUGUGGGAUGAUGUACAUUAUUAUUGUUAUGAAUUAUUUAUUUGUUCCAUGUAAUAUUUUUUAAUAACCUUUUUAUUUAAUUUUUAGCGAUUCGUCAAUCCGGAACCAUUCUCGUCAGAAGAGAUUGAUGAAGUGCAAACUCGUUGAGCAUCAUAUUUCUUAGAAAUGGCGCAUUCCAUCAGAGACUUGUAACUUUACAGUUUAGACCAUGUGUUAUUACUCUAGACUUGUGCAAUGAUUGUUUUAUUUUAGCUUAUUAUUGUGUACCAAAUUGUUACUUAAACUUGUUUAACAUUUGUGGAAGAAUUGAAAAAUAGUUUGUCUUGUUGUUCUUGAUUAUCAAGUGAACAGGUGCAAAAUU